UGAGCAUGUGCGGAAAUGUUGUCAUCAGUUCCACAGAGAAAGACUCGGUGGAAAUCAAAGAAGACAGUAAAAGUCACAAGAUCUUUUCCAACCUUCCCUUCCCUGAAUGCCUGGGAAGAAGUCAGGGGCCUCUUGCCUGUGGAUGGGGAGCCAAACCCUGGAGUUGGCCUGGGUGUGGAGGAGGGACUGCUCUGCCAGAUGCUUCAUUCUCCAGAAUUCAACCUAUUUCCUGACUCAGUGGUGUUUGAAAGCAACUUUGUCCAGGUCAGAAAGGGCAGGAACUGGAUAGACAUCUACAAAGCCUCCAACACCAUGGCCCUUGGGGUAACCUCCUCCGUGCCCUGCCUGCCCCUUCCCAAUAUCCUCCUCAUGGCUAGUGUCAAAUGGCACCAGGGACAGAGCCAGACAUGGAACAGACCAUCUAUGGCCCCAAACAUCAAGCUGAAGAGGAUCCUCCCAUUGAAGUUUGUGGAGUUCCAGGUCUGUGACCGGCUUCAGCGCAUCCUGCGUUUGAGGACAGUCACCGAGAAGAUCUACUACCUAAGGCUCCACCCUGACCAUCCUGAGACUGUCUUCCACUUCUGGAUCCGACUGGUUCAAAUUCUGCAUAAGGGCCUGUCCAUCACCACCAAGGACCCUAGGAUUCUUGUCACUCACUGUCUGGUACCCAAGAACAGCUGCAGCCCCUCGGGAGACUCUAACUCAGUAGAGAAGAAACCCCAAGCCUCCCAGCCCAGCGAGAGCCUCAUGCAGCUGAUGGCCAAGGGGGAGAGUGAGGCGCUCUCUCAGAUUUUUGCCGACCUGCGCCAGCACAAUGAGUUCAGUUCCAGGAGCAACAAAAAGACACAGACCAAAAGGGACAGCUCAGAGAAAGAUACUCACAGUGAAGACGGCAUCCCUUGCACCCGCGACCUCAGUUGGAGAGAUUCGCUCACUUAUGGAGAGUGGGAAAGAGAGAACCCCUCUGGGCCACAGCCCCUUUCACUCCUCAGCACCCUGGCAGCCUCCACGGGACCACAGCUGGCCCCACUCAUAUAGGAAAUUCUAUUUGAACCACCUUUUCGCACUGGGGAGAAUCUAUGCAGCCCUCGCCAACGCCACUCUGCAGCAUUCAGCUUUCUGAGGGACUCUGUCUGGAUGUAGGGGAGGAGAAAGCUACGACUAAGGAAAAACUAGACUCAUCUCACGCUGAUAGCAUAGCCUUUCCCUGGAGAGCCACCUGGGAGCAUGGCUCCGGGUAAGAGCAUUAUUCCAGCAUCAUUCCAGUACGUAACUCCGGGUCCGUGCCACUACCCAUCACACCUUGCCUCUGUUACCACCACCAGGGCAGGCACAAGAAGAUGUGCUCUCAGAAGGGCCACGGACAAGAGAUGGAGAGAAGGAAGGAAAGGGAGGCAGGACCAGAGGAGAGGGGGACAAGAAACAAAAUGGCGGUGAAGAGCAAGGGGAGGGAGAAAGAGAAGAAGGGAGAUCUCACAGAGAGGUGGUAAGAAAACAGAAGGGACCUGAAUGAGAAGCUGAAAAGGACAAGAGAAGACAUACACCACUGAGAGAUGCCUCACGAAGCUUCUAUUUAUCUAAUUUAAAACUUGAAAGUAAGGCCAUAUACCCAAACAAAUGUGUUUUCUUCUCUGUGCCAAUUAUUCUGGAUAACUGUGAGGGGCUAAAAACUAAUUCCAGCCAAGGGCCUCUUCUGAAGUUUCAUUUUUCCCCCCAGUUUGUUGUUGUUGUUGUUUGUUCCUCUUUUGAUUCAAGCUUUGUGCCUUCUUCCUUAGCACAUUCCCUAACUUGGACUUGCUAGCCUGGCCCUGGUAUUUCAAAUGAAGGUUUGGGUUUGAGGCUGCAGAAAGGUUCCUGCAGGAGGCAGUGUUAGGACAAGGUGUGUGAAGGAGGGGGACUUUCUCUUUUGUGGUCCAACUUCUUCAGUUGGCUGUUGUCUCAGUCCUACGGACACUGGCUCAAUUUCCUUUGCGUAUGACACCCCCUUUUUUAUUUUUUUUAAUUUUAUUAUGUUAUGUUAGUCACCAUACAAUACGUCAUUGGUUUUUGAUGUGGUGAUCCACAAUCCAUUGUUUUCAUAUAACACCCAGUGCUCCAUGCAGUACGUGCCCUCCUUAAUACCCAUCACCGGGGGCGCCUGGGUGGCUCAGUUGGUUAAGCAACUGCCUUCGGCUCAGGUCAUGAUCCCGGAGUCCUGGGAUCGAGUCCUGCAUCGGGCUCCCGGCUCGGCGGGGAGUCUGCUUCUCCCUCUGACCCUAUCCCCUCUCAUGUGUUCUCUCUCUCUCUCUCUCUCUCAAAUAAAUAAAUAAAUAAAAUCUUAAAAAAAAAAAAAUACCCAUCACCGGGCUAACCAAUCCCCCCUCCCCCCUCCCCUCUAAAACCCUGUUUGUUUCUCAGAGUCCAUAGUCUCUCAUGGUUCAUCUCUCCCUCCAAUUCCCCGCCCCCCCCAUUUUUCCCUUCCUUCUCCUAAUGUCCUCCAUGCUAUUCCUUUCACAAAUAAGUGAAACCAUAUGAUAAUUGACUUUCUCUGCUUAUUUCACUUAGCAUAAUCUCCUCCAGUCCCAUCUAUGUUGAUGUAAAAGUUCGGUAUUCAUCCUUUCUGAUGGCUGAGUAAUAUUCCAUUGUAUAUAUGGACCACGUCUUCUUUAUCCCUCAUCUGUUGAAGGGCAUCUCGGCUCUUUCCACAGUUUGGCUAUUGCGGACAUUGCUGCUAUGAACAUUGGGGUGCAUAGGGCCCUUCUUUUCACUACAUCUGUGUCUUUGGGGUAAAUACCCAGGAGUGCAAUUGCUGGGUCAUAGGGUAGCUCUAUUUUUAAAAUUUGAGGAACCUCCACACUGUUUUCCAAAGUGGCUGUACCAACUUGCAUUCCCACCAACAGUGUAAGAGGGUUCCCCUUUCUCCACAACCUCUCCAAUAUUUGUUGUUUCUUUCCCUGUCCAUUUUUUGCCAUUCUAACUGGUGUAAGGUGGUAUCUCAAUGUGGUUUUGAUUUGGAUUUCCCUGAUGGCUAAUGAUGAACAUUUUUUCAUGUGUCUGUUAGCCAUUUGUACGUCUUCUUCAGAGAAGUGUCUUUUCGUAUCUUCUGCCCACUUUUUGACUUGAUUAUUUGGUUUUUGGGUGUUGAGUUUGAGAAGUUCUUUAUAGAUCUUGGAUACCAGCCCUUUAUCUGUAGUGUCAUUUGCAAAUAUCUUCUCCCAUUCUGUGGGUUGCCUCUUUGUUUUGUUGACUGUUUCCUUUGCUGUGCAGAAGCUUUUUAUCUUGAUGAAGUCCCAAAAGUUCAUUUUUGCUUUUGUUUCACUAGCUUUUGGAGAUGUAUCUUGAAAGAAGUUGCUGUGGGCGAUGUCAAAGAGGUUACUGCUUAUGUUCUCCUCUAGGAUGGAUUCCUGUCUCACAUUGAGGUCUUUCAUCCACUUUGAGUUUAUCUUUGUGAAUGGUGUUAGAGAAUGGUCGAGUUUCAUUCUUCUGCAUGUGGCUGUCCAAUUUUCCCAGCACCAUUUAUUGAAGAGACUGUCUUUUUUCCAUUGCAUGUUUUUUCCUGCUUUGACACCCCCUUUAAAUGUUGCCAUACCUUGUAAGUGCUUGUGAAACCAGCGAUUCCACAGAAAGGAGGUAUAGCCUCAAAACAUAGGUAAGUCAGAGGUUCCAGGCUCAAAGUAAAAGUAAAAUCAGAGGUUUGCAAGUUAUAGAUCAAAGGAGUCACCAAGGAAUGAAUGUCUGUUACCAUGGCCAGUGGACUGGCCACUUUGUUUAAAAUGCACAAUAUUUCACAUUCAGUAAAAAAUAGACUAUGAGCAUUUCAACCAACUUUCCAAUUGGAAAGCUUUUUUAGAGGUCUUGCUCUAAUUUAAGAUAUCCUAUGAGGGUCUUUUCUUUCGCUGGGGUAAUUGAAAAGGUUGGAGGGCUAAAAAGUAAGCUCCUGGAUCACCAUCACUCUUUCCAAGGAUGAGUUUUGUUGGUGAUUUCAAUAUCCACGUAGGUGACCCCUCCCAUACGCGGGUCGCUGUUCCUUGAGCUGCUGCAGCCCAGUAAUCCUGCCCACUACCCUCAUCAGCCACUAACUCCUGCGAUUUUAUCCUAGAGUUUGUCGUUAAUAACUGUAGCCCACCCCAUUACUUCCACUCUCCAUCUCUACCACCGCCUGUCUUUCCCUGAGUCCAGUAAUCCUUCCACCCGCUAAUCCCACAAUCUAUUGCUCCUUCUGGGUUUUCACUGUCCCUCACUCCCCUCACAUCCUCAUUUCCUUCCCCUCAGCCUAGAUUCCAUGAUCAGUCAUUACUAUUACCAUUCCCUUGCAUGCACCCUCAACACUUUUGUGUCUCUUCCACUUGAUUCUGUUUACUUGGCUAAGUCCAGUUGUCCACCAACUCCAUGCCUGCAUCAUGCUGCUAAAUUUGCCUGGAGAAAACCGUGUGAUAUACUAACCAGUGUUACCUCAAAGUCAUAAUCUCAAAUCUCAGGAGGGUCCUCAGUGUUGCCUGGAGAUCACACUAUGCUUCCCUCAUCUGUUCUCUCUGCUGAAUGGCUACUUCACACCUUCUCUCCCCUCAAACCCCCAGUGCCUCCUGAUGACCCAGCUUCCUUUUUCUCUGAGAACAUCAUAGCAAUUGAAAGAGAACUCCAAGCUCUCUCCACCAUGUCCACCACUUACCUGGAAUUAGACCCAUAGAUCUAGUUUCUCUCCUUGUUACUAUGGAAGAACUGUCUCAGUUCUAAGCAACGUCCAACUCUUCCCCUUUUGUACUAGAUCCCAUCCCAUCUCCUCUACUCAAGGACAUUGCUCUAGCAAUUCUCCCUUUUUCCUACAUCAAUUUUAUGCUCACUCCUAGAUCCUCCCCAUCAGCAACAAACUGAUAUUUCUCCUAAACAUAUUGUUAUUUCUUCCACUUAAAAAUAGAAGAAAAUAAAACAAAACCUCCCUUGGCCCUGCUACCCCACUGCUCCAGUUUUCUCCACCCCUUUAAAGAAAACUCCUUGAAAGGGUUUCCAAUUUCUUGCUUCCUAUUCUCUCCUGAACCCCUCUGGUAGGUUUUGGCAUCCACUACCUCACCAAACCUGAUCCCCACAUUGCUAAAGCCAAUGGCUAAUCAGUCCUCCUCUCUCUGUUACCAGCGUGGGACAUAAGUAACUACUCCUUUCUCCUUGAAAUGCUUUCUUCACUUGGCUUCUAGAACACUACGCUCUCUUGGCUUUCCUCAUUCACUGACUUUUCUUCUCAGUUUCCUUUGCUGAUUCAUUCUCAUCAAUACCCUCUACCAUCUCCAAAUCAAAACUCAUGGCUGCAUAUCACACAUAAACCAAUUAUUCCCAAAUUUAUAUCUCUAGUCCAGAACACUGUGAACUCCACAGACACCUAUCCAACUGCCUACUGGACAUUUCUAUUUGAAUAUCUAAUAGGCAUCUCAACAUGUCCAAAACUAACCUUUCAAUAUUAUCCCUCAAGACUUGCCCCUCCCAAGGUCUUCUCUAUCCUAGUCAAUGGCAGCUCCAUUUUUCUACUUUCUCAAAACUUUGAAGUCAUCCUUGACUCCUCUCUUUCUCCCCACCCCAUCGCCAACCCAUCAGGAAAUCCUUUUAAACUACUUUCAAAAUAUAUGCAGGAUCUGACACAUCUCAACCCCCCUGGACCAAGCCAUCCUCAUCAUUGUCAUCACCUGGAUUGUUGCAAAACCUCCUAAAGGGGUGGCUUUUUUCUAAUCUCACCCUCUUCGGUCACAUGUAACCCUUUAAAAAUCUUAGAUCAUGUCACUUUUCCACUCAAAACCCUCCAAUGUCUUCCCAUCUGUAUUAGUUCAGGUAAUGCUAGCUCUGAAAGAGAUAAAUCCCAAUAUAUCAGUGGCAUAAAAUAACCAGUAGAAAUUCAUUUCUCACUCAGAAAAAGUCCAAAAAAGGUGUUCCUGUUCAGUGAGAGUUUUUUUUAACAAGAACCUGGGCUCCUUCCAUCUCGUGAUAUGCCAUCUGCACUACAUGGCUUCUAGGGUUGCCAGAGAAAGAGAGAGAGCUUGGAGAAUGGCCCAUGGCAGGUUGGUAAGGCAAGUACUGGAAGCGGUAGACAUCAUUUCUGCUCCUUUUCCUUUGGCCAGAGCUCAGUUACCCGUCCACACUGUAGUCUAGCUGUGUCCAUAAAGGGAAGAGGAAACAGUCUGGUAAAUAGCCAGUCUCUUCCAUGCCUUCUCAGGCAUAAUAAAAGGGAAAGUCCUUACAAUAGCGUAAAGGCCCUACAUGGUGUCCCUCUGCUCCUCGCCCACCUCUCUGCUCCCUCCUCUCCGACCUCAUUUUCUCUACUCUCCUCAAUUACCACAGCCUAGCCACACUGGUUCCCUGCUGCUUCUCAAACACUCCAAGCAUGCUUCAGGUCAGGGCCUGCCUUCUUGCUGUUCCCUUUUCCUGGAAUGUUCUUCACCACCUUCAGAUGUUCACUUACAUGUUCAUCCUCUUUAUGAGCCUUCCCUGGCCACUCUUUCUAAGAUUGCAACACCACUUUGGAUAGUCCCAGCACUCUGUUCUCUCCUUCUCUGCCUUAUUCUAUUCCUUGGUACCUAUCAUUACCUCCCAUUCUCUAUGUUUUGCUUUUUUAUCUGGAUUAUUGGCUUCAUACCAGAAUAUAAGCACCAUGAGAGUUUGGUCCAUUUUGUUUAUUGCUGUAUCCCCAGUGCCUAGAAUGGCAUCUGGCACAUGGGAAGCAAUAUGUUUAUUUGUGGAGUAAGUGUUCAGCAGCACCAGAUGGGCAGAGUAGGGAAUGCUUGAAGAACAUCAGCCUUCAGAGGUUGACAUCAUACUUGCCAUAAACAGUACUUCAGUACUUCUCUGAGAGACAGAAUCGAGGACUCAUGGGCUUUUAGGGGCAGCUAAGGUGACAUUUCUUAUGUGAGUCACCCUUCAAGUCCUCUUCCUCCUCCACCUCCUUUCUAACUCAGGGCUCCCUUGAGGCUUAAUGUGCUUUUCUCUCCUCAGCUCAUUUGUUCUCAUGGCUCCCUCAGCUGCCUCCUGGCCAAUGAUCCUUCUAAGUAUCUCCUCCAGCCUAUUGAUUCUUUUUAUUUUUAUUUGUUUAAAGACUUAUUUAUUUGAAAGAGAGAGAAAACGGGGCGCCUGGGUGGCUCAGUUGGUUAAGCGACUGCCUUCAGCUCAGGUCAUGAUCCUGGAGUCCCGGGAUCGAGUCCCGCAUCGGGCUCCCUGCUCGGCAGGGAGUCUGCUUCUCCCUCUGACCCUCCCCCCUCUCAUGUGCUCUCUCUCAUUCUCUCUGUCUCAAAUAAAUAAAUAAAAUCUUAAAAAAAAAAGAGAGAGAGAGAGAAAGAACGUACGAGCGUUCUUUGGAGUGGCAGAGGGAGAGGGAGAAGUAGACUCCCCGCUGAGCAAGAAGCCCCACGCUGGGCUUGAUCCCAGGACCCUGAGAUCAUCACCUGAGCCGAAGGCAGACACUUAACCAACUGAGCCACCCAGGCACCUCUAUUGACUCUUCUUAGAUAUUCUGCCGUCAUCUUAGACUUUCCAUGUCUUGAACUCAUUUCCCUUUUCUUACACCCAUUUAGUUCAUUCUCCCAGUUUAUUAUGAUUAAAAUUUUAAAUUUUUGACUGCUCCUUUAUUUCUUUCAUCUAAGCAGUCACUGAGUCGAGGACUUGUUAUUUCCACUUUAAAAAUUUCUCUUGUAUAUGAGAGGUUUUUUUUCCCCCAAGGCCAAGCCCUAUCCACAGGGAAUCUCAGGGUUGGAGGGCCCCAUCUCUGGCAGAGUCCCACUACCUUAUCCAGCUUCCUCUAGGACACUUUCGAGAUGGGUGGCUCUCCCGCUGGACUGCAGUUCCUUGAGGGCAGGGACCUGUCCUAUUCAUUGUGGGUUUACCAGCACCUGGCACAGUGCUUGACUUCAAGGAGGCAUUUCUCCUGAUGCAGCCUAUUCUAUAGUUAAUCCCUAUUAGGAGAUGUUCCUCCUAGAAAGAACCACUUUCCACUUUCAAUCUCAUUCUACCUCCCACAUAGGCACAAGUUUAGAAACCUUCAGAAGACCCACAAUUCCCACUGCCUUCAGCUCAGGCUCCUCAGAUUAAGACUUUGUAUUACUUAGAGAAACUUAUACAUGUGCUUUCUCUUCAUGCCCCCCCCCCUUUUACCUCCCUCAUCCCCUGCCUGACCUAAGAAUUUAUCUCCCCCCUCUGUCCCCCACUUGCUCUUGUUUCUGUUACUGCUGUUGCUGAAUAGUUGCAUUCAGGAAUUCCUUAGUCCAGUUUGAGUUGCACCUUCUUAGGAGGAAGACCUCUCUGGUUAGCACCAAGGGUCACUGUCAUUCCUAAAGCAUUCGUUGUCAAUCUUUCACCUUGUCAAUUAAAAGCACGUUAACUUGCUUUGUAUUUAAAGCUUUCAUCAGUAUACUGCCUGUUUCAAUUCGAUGUUAAAGUAUGAGGCUUUAUGUGCUAAGAACAUAGUAGGUUUAUGUUCCAUUGGUGUUCUAACAUGGUAGUCCUCAUUCAAUGUUUGCUUGAAUUUCAUGACAUGAAAUUGAAUGAGUAAGUGAAAAAUUUCCUCUAUUCCUCUUAACUCAGGAACAUGCAAUGGGCUCACCCAUUCAGUUCACUUCACUUAACAUUAUUGAGCAUUUACUCUGAAUUGGGCAGCAAGGUCAGAGCUGUAUAUAAAAAGAUGAAUAAGGCAGGGGCGCUUGGGUGGCUCAGUCAAGUAUCUGCCUUCGGCUCAGGUCAUGAUCCCAGAGCCCUGGGAUCGAGCCCCACAUCGGGCUCCCUGCUCAGCAGUGAGUCUGUUUCUUCCUCUCCCUCUGCCCCUCUGCCUGCUUGUGUUCGCUCUCUCAA